UUAGUUCGGCUGUUACCCCGCACCUCCCCGUUAUCACAACACAAGAGACCGGGAUGACACGGGAGUCCCUCUGGAUUUCUGGCCUGUAACCGUUUGUAGAAUCCUGUUUAUCUUCUACCUUAACCUUGCCUGAUCUUUUUCUGUGGAGCAUCUUGGCUGUGCUUUAAAAAAACCCUCAAGCCUCAGCUUUCCAUAGCUGAACAUGUUCUCUGCCAGGAAGCUGUCUGGAGUUUUCAGAGCCAUCAGAUUCCAUCAUUUCAGAUCCCAUUCUGUAUCCAGAGCCUCUCCAAACUUGACUUUUGUGCCAGCCUGUCUUCCCCCAGAUCCCGCGGAAGUAGAGGAGCUGCAGCACUUUGUUUCUAACUCCAAGAGGCUGUUUGUAAUGACUGGAGCUGGAAUCUCGACCGAGUCAGGGAUCCCAGAUUACCGCUCCGAAGGUGUCGGGCUCUAUGCCAGGACAGACAGACGGCCUGUCCAGCACGCCGAGUUCGUUCGCAGUGCCAGUGCCCGGCAGCGCUACUGGGCAAGGAACUUUGUGGGCUGGCCCCAGUUCUCCUCCCACCAGCCAAACACAGCACACCUGGUACUGAGGGACUGGGAGAAGCUGGGGAAGCUGCACUGGCUGGUGACCCAGAACGUGGAUGCCCUUCACACCAAGGCCGGGAGCCAGCGCGUGACGGAACUGCACGGCUGCACUCACAGGGUUUUCUGCUUGGCUUGUGGAGAUCGAAUCUUGCGCUCUGAGCUCCAGGAGCACUUUGAGGCUCUGAAUCCUACCUGGAAAGCUGAGGCAUUUGGCGUGGCUCCAGAUGGGGAUGUGUUCCUGACGGAUGAGCAGGUGCGCAGCUUCCAAGUCCCAGCCUGCCGUAAGUGUGGUGGAAUCCUGAAGCCUGACGUGACAUUCUUUGGAGACACGGUGAGCCAGGAAAAAGUGAGUUUUGUGCACCAGCGCCUGGCGGAAUCAGACUCCAUGCUGGUGGCAGGAUCCUCCAUGCAGGUAUACUCUGGUUACAGGUUUGCUCUCGCUGCCCGGGAGAAGAAGCUGCCAAUUGCAGUCCUUAACAUCGGGCCCACAAGGUUAGAUCACUUUGCAUCCUUAAAACUGAAUUCCCGCUGUGGGGAGCUGCUGCCUUUGAUUGUUGCACAGGACCCAACCCGCUGAGCUCCAGUAGCUAUCAGGAGUAAAGUUAUUUCUGCAAGGAAUCAUCAUCUCAGAAAGGGGAAAACCUCCAUCUAGGAGGCAGCUGUGAGAUCCGGUGCACGGGCACUGAGGACACCAGGAGAGGGCAGCAAGCCUCGCACGUGUCGGCCUCGCCAGUUCUCUCCAUUGAAACCAUCGGGAAACAGGAUGAUGAUGAAAAAAAAAACACUUUUCUGCCUUACCUUGCCGUGGUAAACAGUGCCUUUUCAUUCACUGGGACAGGAUAAUCGGACUGCUGUAACUGAGGACAAAAUACCUCAGUUGUCCCCAGAGGAGAAUGAGGGACAGGGAUUUUGACUGAGUAACUUGAGGCUACAGCACAGGAGGGCGAUGUGGGAAACCUGGGCAUCUGCUGGAGGAUCCAACGUCACUAGAAAAAGGAGGCAAGAGGAACUGCAGUUGUCAUUUAAAGAAAAGAUUUAAAAUAGAAGCUGAACAAAAACACUGCUCUUGUAAGAGAUUAUUUGGAAGCACAGAGUACAAGGCUGACAUCUUCCAGCAAGGACGGGAAGUCAGCAUUUCCCUAAACUGUCAGUUAACAAGCUAAACUGCUUCCUAUUUGAACCCUUUAAAAAUUAAAUAUUGUUGAAAUGCCAGAGGAGUUACUUUAAGCUAAUCUGACCAGCACUGCUUUCAGAGGGGCUGCUACAUUUUCCAGAAUGCGUUUUCUGAGUAUGUUAUUUAAUUAAUGAAUAGCUAAGUAGUGAAUUGAAAUUG